AUGUCAUUAGUGUCCCAGUCAUUGACACUGAGAUGGAGUAUUUCUUGUCCCAUUCCCCAUUCUAUUGAUUCUUUAGGAAAAGUUGUCAAUCUAUCAUCUGAUUAUAAAGAUGAGAUUCUUGCUGAACCUGAAGUAAACCAACCUAAUCCUUCUGACUUGGACUUCCAUAGAACCAAUAUACUUCCACCACUAAGACCUCCUAUUGAUGAAUUAUUGAUACAGCUUGAAAGUGAAACAAAUGAACGUUUGCACUCUUUGAUGCAAGAAAUAUGUUUCAAGGAUGCUCAAUGGAAUUUUCACGAUAGAAUUGUUGGUGUCAUGAAUCCUAUUCUGCAGAAGAGUGAACAAGUUCUUCUGCAUGCUCGUGUAUCUGAUGGGACUACGGAUGAACCUAAGCAAGAAGUUCCUCAUUAA